AUGGUCAGCACCCAUAUCGCCCUGCUAGCCCUCCUCGGGCUGGCCUCCCAUCCCGUCGCGGCGCAGCUGGUCCCACAGGGCCUCUCGGUGGCGCUGGACGGGGUGGACCUGUACGUCUCGCCGUUUUCCGUCGGCAACCUGUCGCUACCCUCGGCCGCGUUUCCUGCCAGCGUCCCGUCCGUGUUUGGGCUCCGGCCCGUGGCGGUGGUGGGGACGCCGACUGCAGCGUCUGAGCUGGGAGGCUUAUUCCGCAACUGGACACGCAUCGACGACGUCUUUCACAUGGGCUUCGCGCGCGCCGUGUUCCUAGCCGGCGAACAAAAUGACGGGGCACCAUCUGAAACUAUGACGAUGCCACUGGAGACGAGCCCCAACGGUCCCGUGCCCCCCUCCGGACCCUACUUCCUCGAGCAAAGCACUGGCCGCCUCUUCCCCGUCUACAGGCUUUACCCCGACUCAGCCGGCGCCUUCUCCGAGUCCUUGCUGCAGCGCCCCGACGGCAGCUUCCAGGCGCUGUCGGCACACGUGGCAUCAUCAGCGUCGCUCACAGUAGGGGUGCCCAGCCGACUGUACUACACGCCCACAACAAAAAGGCCGCUCGCCGGGGUGCGGGUCGGGGUCAAGGACCUCUUCGCGCUCAGGGGUGCCAAGAACUCGUGCGGCAGCCGCGCAUGGUACGAGCUGUACGGGGUGGCCGACCGGACGGCGUCGUCGAUGCAGCGCCUCGUCGACGCCGGGGCCGUUAUCGUGGGGCAGCAGAAGCUGAGCCAGUUCGCCAACGGCGAGCGGCCGACGGCGGACUGGGUCGACUACCACGCGCCCUGGAACCCGAGGGGGGACGGCUACCAGGACCCGUCGAGCUCGUCGUCGGGCGCGGGCGCGGCCAUGGCCAGCUACCCGUGGCUCGACCUGUCGGUGGGCUCCGACACGGGAGGGUCCAUCCGGAUCCCGGCGGCGGUGGGCGGCGUGUUUGGGAACCGGCCGACGCACGGGCUGGUCGAGCUGGACGGGGUGCUGCCGCUGUCGCCGGCGCUGGACACGCCGGGGUUCCUGCUGCGCGACGCCCGCCUCUGGGACGCGGCCAACAAGGCGCUGUUUGCCGACAACUACACGUCCCUGGCCGCGGCGGGCAGGGCCAGGUACCCGCCCAAGAUUUACACCAUGGGACUUCCGGCUGCCAACUCGACCUCGCAGCGGGCGGUGCUGGUGCACGACUUUGUGCGCAAGCUCAAGCACUUUGUAGGCUGCGGGAAAGUAGAGGCACUGGGGCUGGCCGACGAGUGGGAGCGCACGCGCCCGUCGGGGGCGGCGGGGGCGACGCUGGACGAGCUGCUGGGGCUGGUGUACGGGGUGCUCAUCACCAAGCAGCAAACAGUGCUGGUGCGGGACCCCUUGUACAGCGACUACGCGGCGGCGCACCAGGGUCGGCGGCCGUUUGUGAACCCGCAGGCGCGCGCGCGGUGGGCAUACGGCGACGGGCUGCCGGAAUCGGCACUGGAAGAGGCGCAACGCAACAAGACGCUGUUCGGCGGGUGGUUCAACGAGCAGGUGCUGCCGCGGGCUACAGGCGACGAGUGCUCGUCGUCGCUGGUGGUGCUUGUCGACGGCGCACCGGCGGGGACGACGUACCGCGACGAGUACCUGACGGCGCCGUCGGCCCCGCCGCUGGGGUUCAGCAGCUCGCGCAUCAGCGUCUUCGCCGGGGUGCCCAGCAGCGUGUUCCCGCUCGGCGACGAGACGGCGGCGAGCAGGGUCAGCGGGCGCGAGGAGAGCUACCCCGUAGCGGUCAAUGUGUUGGCGGCGCGAGGGUGCGACGGGCUGCUGGCGCGGCUGGCGGCGGACCUGGUCGAGGCGGGGAUCCUGAGGGAGCCCAGGACGGGGAGGGCUGUUGGAGGGGGAGGAUCUGCCUGA